UAAAAGGUUCCCCAGAGCGCGCUCGCAGAGCCGUUGCUGGGGGCGACGCCGGGCGGAAGAGGAGCGGCGGCGGACGCUUCGCGCGCCAUUUUCAAACGGCCGCCUCGGCCCACACCGCCGCUCCAACUUCCUGGGAGGCUUUUUUUGUGUGAAGAAAGGCGGGGGAGAAAGAAGCGAAGGUCCCAUUUUUUCACAAAAGACAGUUCAAAAAUAUCUUCACAAUGAGCACAGCUGCAGAACGAAAGUUCAUUAAUCUAAGGAAGCGGUUGGAUCAGCUGGGUUAUCGACAACCAUUAGGAGUGGAGAGUUUGCCUUUGGUGGAAAAGCUUUUUAGUGACCUUGUUCAUACAACUGAGAGCCUCCGGAGUGCUAAGCUAUCUGCUGGAAAACUUGAAAAAGAAUACAGCAACUUUGACGUUGUUCUAGAACCUUAUCGAGAAGAAAAUGCUAGGCUCACCCGUGAAAACAAUGAACUACAUUUAGAAAUUCUGAAACUGAAAGAACAAUUGGAAAAGCAGGUCAAAGGUUUGAAAACUACACUGAGGAAAGUUGAACAUGAGAAUGCAGAUAUGAAAUUUUUGAAUAACCAGUAUAUACAUAAAAUUAGAUUGUUAGAGAAAGAGAACAAAGCCAAGACUGACAAGAUCCAGCAACUCCAAGAAAAAAAUCUGCAAGCAGUGGUUCAGACACCAGGUGGUAGGAAAAGAAAUAUUCCGUUUAGGCGUCAGCGUAUGCAGAUAGACCAGCCAGUCCCUCCCUCAGGAAUCGGUGCUUAUCCAAUUCCUCAGCCAGAUGACCCAUAUAUUGCAGAUCUUCUUCAAGUGGCUGACAACAGAAUUCAUGAACUGCAGUUAGAAGUGUCAGACUUGCAAGAAAAGCUAGAGAUAGCGGAACGUGAGGUGAAAAAUUACAGCAAACAGGUUGAGCUGCGAGACAGUGAGAUUGAGCGUUUAGGCCUGGCACUGGAUGGCGGUCGCUCUCAUGAUGUCAUAUCUUUGGAAGCCAGAAGCAGAAGUAAUGAAAAAAUUAUUGCUCACUUAAAUUUACAGAUUGAAUUUCUGCAGCAAACAAACAAAGAGCUUGAAAUGCGCAUACAAGAUCUUCUGGACAGUAAGCAAAAUGUCACUAGUGAAGUGGCUCAUUUAAGCAAUAAAAAUGAAGAACUGUGCCAAGAAUUGAGUGAAAUAGAUCAGUUGGCACAACAGUUGGAAAGGCACAAAGAAAUUGUGCUUGAGACUGCAGAUAAAGAAAUUGGACAGGCUAAGGAAGAGAUUAAAAAAACAUACAGCGAAAUCCAGGAUCGUGAAGAGACAAUAGCGAAGCUUAAGUCAGAGUUAUCUACAUAUCGGCGAGAAAAAGACAGGCUGACCGAAGAACUCUAUGGAAAAACUGAUGAAAAACAAAAUCUUGAAGUGUUGUUAAACCAGGUUCAACUAGAGAACCAUAGACUGGCCAAAAAACUUGAAAACCUUGAAAUAAUAGAUCGGGAGCUUGUUAUAGAACUAGAGAAAAUGAGAUUAGAAGGCGGAAUAGCACUGGGGGACAAAUCACCUUCUCGUCUGGAUGCAUUUGUAAAAACUAUAGAAGAAGACAGGGACUACUAUAAGCGUGAACUAGAGUGUCUCCAAAAGAUAAUUAAACAAAGAUCUAGCCCAUUACGCAAGUCCCCAGAAAAGAAUGGUGAUCUAAGAUUGGUCACCCGAGAAAGAGAUGAGCUACAGUCUAUGCUAGAAAGAUUUGAAAAGCACAUGAUAGAAAUUCAAUCUAAUGUCAAACUCUUAACUGCAGAAAGAGACAAACUAAGCAUUCUUUAUGAACGGUCUCAAGAUGAGUUAAACCGUCUACGGAGAGAAACAAAAACUUCUUUAAUGACACAAAGUUACGCAGAAGAGGAGCGGAACAUUGCGAUGUCCGAUUUCAGAAGAGUGGUGGCAGAGAAAGAAGGACUAAGAGAGAAGUUAAAGAUCCAUCAGGAUGAAAAAUCAAAGUUAGAACAGGAAAUAUCAGACUUGGAAAACACUGUUCACAGAUUGGAGACUGAACAUCUUGAUCAAGUAACUACUAUUUCAUUGUUAAAAAACAAAAUAGUCUGCUUAGAAGAUGAAUCAAAUAUUAAGUCUCAUCAGCUGUCUCAGUUGUCUGAAGAUGCUUCACAAUUUAAAACAGAAAUAAACUCCCUUCAACUACUAAAUGAACAGAUACAAAAGUCUUUAGAUGAAGUGCAGCAUCAGUUGGCUCUUAAAGAUGAUGAACUUCAUUUGGCUCAAGAAGAAAUUUUAUUGCUUGAAGAAAAAACAGGUAAAUUCAGUAAUAAGCACCAUGCACAGGAUGAGACCAUCAGUGUGCUCAGAAGUACAAUUAAUGUCUUGGCUAAGGAAAAGGACAGCCUCCAGGAAAGUAUAGAUGAAAAGACAGAAAGAGUUGCUUAUCUAGAUGACAAUUUAGCCAAUAAGGAAAAAACUAUCCUCAAUUUGCGACAAACUCUUACUCAGUUAGAGUCGUCCUUAGACCAAUUAAAGGAUGCCUUAAGCGGUAAAGACCGAGAACUAGCCAGCGUCCGUCGCCAGAUCGAGGCAGCACAUUCUGAGCUUGGUGAAGUCAGCAGGGUGAAAGAAAUGGCCUUGAAAGAGAACAGAAGAUUACAGGAUGAUCUAUCCACAAUGGCCAGAGAAAACCAGGCAAUCUCAUCUGAACUGGAAUCAGCAUUACGUGAUAAAGAAGAAAUGAAAAUUAGAGUUCAUAAUUACAUAACAGAAGUCUCCAGGUUUGAAAGUUUAAUGGCCUCAAAGGAAAGAGAAAACAAGGAGCUGUUGGAAAAGUUCCAGAUGCUCUAUAGCCAAGCUGAAAACUGGGAAGUAAAGGCCCAUCAAGCUGAGGGGCAAAGCAGCUCUGUACGACUGGAACUCCUUUCUGUUGAUACUGAGAGACGGCAUCUUAGAGAGAGAGCGGAACUACUGGAAAAAGAAAUUCAGGAGCAUAUCAUUGCCCACCAAGCUUAUGAAUCACAGAUCUCUUCAAUGGCAAAAAGUAUGGCCAAACUAGAGGAGAGUCUCAAACGUGAAAAAGAAGAAAAGUCUUCCAUCUCUGUUGAUGUGGUUUCUGUUAGAGAGCUGUGUGCCAAACUGGAGUCCAGCAAAGAAAGUCUCUCACGUCAGUUAACAUCCAAAUCUAUGGAGUUUGAGAGGGUAAUAUCAGAAUGUGAAGAUGCAAGAGCGGAAACAGAACUGUUAAAAAAACAAUUGUCCAGUGAGCGGCUUACAAUACAGAACUUGGAAACACUCUUGUCUACCAGCAGAGACAAAGAUUUUCAGAAUCAUUUGAUAACCCAUGAGAAAGAUUCAGAAAUACAGCUACUUAAGGACAAGUUAACACUCUCGGAGAGUAAAUUAACGAGCGUUAAUAGGGAAGUUUCAAUAACUCGAAAUAAACUUGCACAGCUGCAGGCUGAUUAUGAUAUUGUGAAAAGGCAGCUGACAACAGAACGAUUUGAAAGGGAGCGUGCCAUUCAAGAGAUGCGUCGACAUGGUCUCUCUACCACUUCGCUACGUGCCUCAUCCCCGCUUAGUUCAACUUUUAAAACUUCACAUUCUCCAGAAAGAACAGCUACAGUGGUAACAGAACAAGCAGACAAUUCAGUGAUAAAGUUUGAGGAGUUGCCACAGCUGAGCUCCAGCUUUUAAUGGCGUAAAAUAAGGCAGGUUAGUUUAGAAAAACUAUUAGGUAAGUGAAGUAAGACUCUUGUUGCAAAAAGACUGAUAAACUUGAAGUUAUUGUCACAAUAAUGUCAUAUUAUAUUAGCAGGUUCUGGAAUAUGUUUCUUAACAGUCAACUUUAUAUGUGUUGACUGUGUAUCAUCUCUGUCCACUAACCUUUUCAGAGCAUAGAAGCAUACAUUAAGCACAGAGCUACCUCUGCCCACAACUCGGUUCAUUUUUUCUAGUUUUGUUUCAUUUUAAAGAAAAAAAUCUUAAUUAUGGGACUUCCAUAAUAUGCAAAGCUGAUCUGUUUGUGUUUCAGUGUGAAUAGAAUUCUGGAUUAAGGGUAUAUCUGAAUUGUCUCUUUUCAGUAUAUUAAUCUUGUUUAACAUACUUUUGCUGUAACAUAUGUACUUAAUGGUAUAAUACACAUGUACUUAAUGGUAUAAUACACAAUAUACUGUCUAAUGUGAAGGAACUUCAGUUUUCCAAACAUAAUUGCAGAUUGAUUUAAAACUUUUCUUCAAAAGCACAUAUUUUCCAGUUUCCAUUAUAGAAACUGCUAUGAAGAACAGAAAAGGAAUAUGACAUACGACAAAAACGGAAGCCCCAAAUCCUGAAGUUGGCUGUGUCUAGGUUGCUUUUAAUAAAACUGUGAAAGCAUAUUGUUUUAAUAAAUAAAAUAUAUAUUAACUGGAAUAAUUGUCUCAGCAGAAAUACUGUGUUAAAUUUAAGGAUGACCAUAUAUUGUUUUUAAGGUAUUGACAGUUCAUUAGUAUGGUACGCUUUCAUACCUUCACAUCAUUCACAGUGAAAGUGGUAACAGAACACACACACAAAUUGUGGACAUGUUCUCAAUAUGCCAUGAAAUGUGAUCUUUUUGAACAUUUCCUUUGACUUUUCAAAUCAGCAUCAGUACUUGAUGAAAACUCAGCUGACCAGUGGCUUAGGUUCAAAACUAC